AUGAUGAUCAUGACAACCUAUGGAGAUUUUAAGGACACGUUUUAUUAUGAUCCAAAGGUACCUACCGACCAAUUUUUAAAGAAUUUAUUUCAAAACAAUGCUGGAAAUAUGUUGUCGACGGAUUUUGUGGCUUAUCGAAUCUAUCUUGUCGAUCCACAACUUGAAUGCUCGUUUAAUGAAGAUGAAGAAACGUGUGAAGAGGUCAAUGAACAGCUCUUGCAAUCCACAGCUUUGGAAAUUCAUCAAUUCUUGAUGGAGAAUAUUCCACAAAAUUAUAUUUGGCAAGGAGAUGCUUUUCACUUGAAUAUUGUAUCUCCAAAACAACAAAUAGAUCAACUCGAGCCAGAAAUACUCUCCAUGUAUAGAAAUAAUCAACCCAUUUACCCUCUCCUUUUUGGUAGAAUUGAUUUCACAGAAACUAACAUUGAUGAAUGGUUUGUGACAUAUUUACUCAUGGAAUUGAGUAGAAAAUUUCAAAACCGUGUCGUUAUUCAAAUUCAAGAUCAAGAUGGUGAAUUUCUAUUAAUUGAGGCUGCCAUGCAUAUUGAAGAAUGGAUGAACGAAGAUCCUCAACUCACUCAAAAUCGAGUGUUUAUUUUCAAUGGACAAGUUCACAUCUUACCAGAUCAACCACAAACACCAUCUCAUGCCUACUAUGAGGUAUUUCCUGUUCAAACACCCAUUCAUAACAUUCACAAAGCUGUUGAAAUGGUCACUCGAGAGCACAAGUUCAGUUUGGCUAAUAAGGGAGUUCAACACUCGAUUAAGGCAAGACUUUCUUCAUUUCCAAAAGAAGCUCAUGAUUAUGGAACUCAAAGAAUUGCCUGUUACUUACCAUUGGAUAUCAUCAAAAUUUUGGACAAACAUCCACAAUCCAUUUCGAAGGCCAUCUAUUAUUGGAUUCAUCGAAACAGUGUGACAGAAAAAUUUUUGAACACUUGUUCACGAUUUUUUCCAUCUCCUCGAUCUGUAAAUUCUCACACGAAUAUUGCGUCCCAAAAUUCGUCAUCAGUGGUAACAUUUACUCCACGUGAUUAUUUUACAUACGUAACAGUUCAUGUCAAUCGAUGUCAAUAUGUUCAACUGUUGGCCUCACGAAUCGAAACCAUACCUCCCAUUUUACAACCCAUUUAUAAACCCAAUGCAAAAAGAACAGAAGAACAAGAACAAGCUUACAUGUUUGGUUUAAAGAUUUUAUGUGGAUUUGAAAUUUAUUAUCAAACAGAGCGACCAUUGGAUUUAUUGGAAUCGUUUGAGGAUUAUUUGGAACAUUUGGAUGAUCAUGGAUAUUUUGGAAUGGAAUUACCUGGAACUGAAACGUAUAACACUCUCAUUCAAAAGCAGAAAAUUAUUACCAAAUGGAUUCGAUUUCACAACAUGUUGAAAAUGAAAGAAUUGAAACAACGAAAACUUAAGGUUGAUCCCGAUGAUUGGCUAGAUUCUGCUCAAGAAGAAAUGGAAAAGUAUCUCACUCAGAAAGGAAUGACUGAAGAGUUUGAAGAUGAAGAAAUUUUGAAACAAAAAGCAAUGGAUUUGAUGAAUGGUGUAAAAUCUUUUGUGGAGGAACAAGGAACAGGUUUUGAAGGAAUUGAAUUUAAUUAUUCUCAAGAGAAGGGAAAUGAUUCUCGUGAAGAGUCUGCGACUGAGUCUUCUUCUUCUUCUUCUCGGCUGGAUAAAUUAUUGCAAGACACAUUUGGAAAGCUGAAAAUUGAAGAUCUCAUUGACAAGUAUGAUAAAAAAGAUGAAGAAUACUUGAAAAAGUUUUCAAAAGAGCUCUAUUGUGGAGAAGCGCUGGACGAAGAUGAUGAAGAAAAUGAAGAAUGGGAAGAUAUCGAAGAUAACACAACCGUAGAUCCAGAAAUGCAAAAUAUCAUGAAAGAAAUGGAUGAAGAGCUUUUACAAUACAGUGAUACUCAACAACGAUCUGGCAUGACGAGCGAUGUGAAUGUCAUGAAGAAUCUUCUCAAAUCAAUGAAAGCGCAAGGUGGUGACAUUGGUCCAGCAUCCAUAUUAUUGGAACACUUGGGAUUGAAAAUGCCAAUCGACUUUGAUGAAGAGGACGAAGAAGAGGAAAGUGAUGAUACCUAG